AUGGCAGACGAUAUUGAUAUUGAAGCAAUGCUUGAGGCUCCUUACAAGGAUGAGAACAAGUUGAGCAGUGCUAACGGCCAUGAAGAACGUACCAAAAAGAGAAAAAAAAGCAAGAGCAGAAGUCGUAGUCAUGAACAAAAAAGAAGCAAAAGUAAGGAACGGAAGCGAAGUAUAGAUAGAGAAAGGAAAAAGAGCAAAAGCCAUGAAAGGAAGCGAAAUAGAAGCAAAGAAAGGAGACGGAGCCGAUCAAGAAGGCGAGAUCGCAGAUUCAGAGGCUGCUACAGAAGUCCUUACAGACGACGUUCUCGAAGCAAAAGUCCAUUCAGAAAAGACAAGAGCCCUGUGAGGGAACGUAUUGAUAAUCUCACUCCUGAGGAAAGAGAUGCAAGGACUGUUUUCUGCAUGCAGCUAGCAGCGAGAAUUCGGCCAAGGGAUUUGGAAGAGUUUUUCUCUACAGUUGGGAAGGUUCGUGAUGUGAGGAUGAUUUCUGACAGAAAUUCAAGACGUUCCAAAGGAAUUGCUUAUGUGGAGUUUGUUGAUGUUAGCGCAGUGCCUCUAGCAAUAGGAUUAACUGGUCAGUGGGUUUUAGGAGUGCCGAUCAUAGUACAAGCAUCACAGGCAGAAAAAAACAGAGCCGCAGCAAUGGCAAACAAUCUACAAAAGGGAAGUGCUGGACCUAUGAGGCUUUAUGUGGGCUCGUUACACUUUAACAUAACUGAAGAUAUGCUUCGAGGGAUUUUUGAGCCAUUUGGAAGGACUGAAAGUAUCCAGCUCAUGAUGGAUAGUGAAACAGGUCGAUCCAAGGGAUAUGGAUUUAUUACGUUUUCUGAUUCAGAAUGUGCCAAGAAAGCUUUGGAACAACUUAAUGGAUUUGAGCUAGCAGGAAGGCCCAUGAAAGUUGGUCAUGUUACUGAACGUACUGAUGCUUCCAGUGCUAGCUCAUUUUUGGACAGUGAUGAACUGGAAAGGACUGGAGUUGACUUGGGAACAACUGGUCAUCUCCAGUUAAUGGUAAGACUUGCAGAGGAUUUGCAAACAAGACUUUCCCAACAGACUGAAGCUUCAGCGUUAGCUGCAGCUGCCUCUGUUCAACCUCUGGCAACACAGUGUUUUCUACUCUCUAACAUGUUUAAUCCUCAAACAGAAGAAGUUGGAUGGGAUACAGAGAUUAAAGACGAUGUGAUUGAAGAAUGCAAUAAACACGGAGGAGUUAUUCAUAUUUAUGUUGACAAAAAUUCAGCUCAGGGCAAUGUGUAUGUGAAGUGCCCAUCAAUUGCUGUAGCCAUUGCUGCUGUCAAUGUGUUGCAUGGCAGGUGGUUUGCGGGUAAAAUGAUAACAGCAGCAUAUGUAUCUCUUCCAACUUAUCACAACCUCUUCCCUGAUUCUAUGACAGCAACACAACUACUGGUUCCAAGUAGAUGA